AUGGCCCCGUCUAAGAAAACCAAAUCGAAGUCCCACUCGGCUGAGUCAACUCAGUCCCCGACCAAGUACCCAGCUUGCAUCCGCUCCGUAUCGCCUUCUUCCGUUGCCAUCUCGAUCCACGCCAAGCCUGGCUCCAGGCUCGCCACCAUCACCGACAUGAACGAUGAGGCGGUGGGAGUGCAGAUUGAUGCUCCAGCCAAAGACGGUGAAGCUAAUGCCGCGCUUCUCGAAUACAUUAGCUCAGUUAUUGGGGUAAAAAGAAGGCAAGUUUCAAUACGUUCUGGCUCAAAGUCGAGGGACAAGAUUGUGAUAGUAGAAGAGGUAGCAUUACAGAGUGUAUUUGACUCUUUGACUAAAGCUCUGCAAGGACAGUAA